UUGGACUGGAAGGUGGUCAGGUGACCGGCGCGGCUGCGCGGCGGUGAGCCUGUGCCUUCCGGAAGACUGUCCUAGGAGGUCCGGGAGAAGAGACCCCGAGAGUGUUCCGGGCGCUGGGCUCCCAGGAAGCCGAGUGGCAGCUUUGGCCUCAACAUGUACAUAAGGAGUCUUUUCCAGUCCUCACAUCUCCAGUGGGCUUGGAGGGCAGCCAUCUGGAAACACGUCUGGUGCAGGCCCCAGGAAGUCCACCGAUGGAUGCAUUCUGGAGGCAGAAACUACAGAGCAGUGAUUUUUGACAUGGGCGGAGUUCUCAUUCCUUCUCCAGGGAAAGUGGCUGCAGAAUGGGAGGUGCAGAAUCAUAUCCCUUCUGGAACUAUACUGAAGGCCUUGAUCAUGGGUGGGGAAAAGGGACCCUGGAUGAAAUUUAUGAGAGGAGAGACAACAACAGAGGAGUUCUUACAAGAAUUUGGGAGACUGUGCUCUGAAAUGGCAGAGACCUCCGUGCCAGUGGACUCGUUUUGGUCUCUGCUCACCUGUGAACAAGUUGCAAAGCCGUUCCCAGUGAUGACUGAGGCCAUAACUUGGAUUCGGGCGAAAGGCCUUCGGACUGCACUCUUGACCAAUAAUUUUUAUCUUCCUAAUGGGAAAAGCUUUUUGCCCCUGGACCGGAAACAAUUUGAUGUGGUCGUGGAAUCCUGCCUAGAGGGGAUCUGUAAGCCAGACCCCAGGAUAUACGAGUUGUGCCUGGAGCAGCUUGGUGUGCAGCCCUCUGAGUCCAUCUUUCUUGACGACCUUGGACCGAAUCUAAAAGCAGCGGCCAGCCUUGGUCUUCACACCGUGAAGGUUAAUGACCCAGAGACCGCAGUAAAGGAAUUAGAAACUCUUUUGGGUUGUGCAUCGAGAAUGGUUAUUCCAAACACUCGUCCUGUGAGGAAGACGAUGGAAAUUCCAAAAGAUUCCUUGGAGAAGUACCUGAAAGGCAUACUGGGAACCCAAGCCACAGGUCCAUUGGAACUCUUUCAGUUUGAACAUGGGCAGUCAAAUCCAACGUACUACAUCAGGCUGGCUGACCAUCAGCUGGUUCUGAGGAAGAAGCCUCCUGGGAAACUCCUUCCAUCCGCCCACGCGGUAGAGAGAGAGUUCAGGAUAAUGAAAGCCCUUGCAAAUGUUGGAGUACCUGUCCCCACAGUUCUUGAUCUCUGUGAAGAUUCAAGCAUCAUCGGCACCCCCUUCUAUCUGAUGGAGUACUGCCCGGGCCUCAUCUACAAAAACCCCUCUCUGCCAGGCUUGGAGCCCAGCCAGAGACAGGCCAUAUACACGGCCAUGAACAGCGUGUUGUGCAGAAUUCACAGUGUAGACUUCAAGGCUGCCGGCCUCGAAGACUAUGGGAAACAGGGUGACUAUAUUUCACGCCAGGUGCACACCUGGAUUAAGCAAUAUCGGGCCUGUGAAACCAGCACGAAUCCAGCAAUGGAGAGGCUCAUCGAAUGGCUGCCGCUCCAUAUUCCCAAGGAACAGAAAACCACAGUGGUGCAUGGGGACUUCAGACUCGACAACCUGAUAUUCCAUCGAGAAAAGACUGAGGUGCUUGCUGUCCUUGACUGGGAACUUUCUACCUUGGGCGACCCCCUCGCGGAUGUGGCCUACAGCUGCCUGGCUCACUACCUGCCCUCCGACUUUCCCAUGCUGAGAGGUUUGAGGGGCUGUGAUCUGACCCAGCUGGGAAUCCCGACAGCAGAGGAGUAUUUCAAGAUGUACUGCCUCCACAUGGGGAUCCCUCCUGCUGAGAACUGGAAUUUCUACAUGGCUUUCUCCUUUUUCCGUGUGACUGCAAUCCUACAGGGAGUCUACAAGCGCUCGCUCACAGGGCAAGCAAGCUCAGCAACUGCUGAACAAACUGGAAAGCUGACUGAAUAUAUGUCUAAUCUGGCAUGGGAUUUUGCAGUCAAAGAAGGGUUCCAGGUUUUCAAAAAGAUGUCAUCCACAAAACCAUUAGCGAGGUCCUAUCACACACGGGCCAGUCCACAGUCCCUGCUGAAUGCCACAGGCUCGAGGAGUUACGUCUCUUUUCCAGAAUCUCCCCCGGCUCAUACCUCAAAGGGAGUUCUGGUUAUCUCUCCCGAGGGCCUUUCCCAGCCAGUCAGAGAGCUGCACCGCCGGCUGAGGCGGUUCAUGGAGCAGCACGUGUACCCCGCUGAGGAGGAGCUGCGGAGGCACCAGGCCUCAGCAGACAGAUGGGCCCCUUCCCCUCUGAUGGAAGACCUCAAGGAAAAAGCCAAGGCUGAAGGACUUUGGAACCUUUUCCUACCCUUGGAGACUGAUCCCGAGAAAAAAUACGGAGCCGGCCUGACCAACGUGGAGUAUGCACACUUGUGCCAGCUCAUGGGCACGUCUCUGUAUGCGCCCGAGAUAUUCAACUGCUCUGCUCCAGACACAGGCAACAUGGAGCUCCUGGUGCGGUAUGGCACCGAGGCACAGAAGGCACGCUGGCUGACGCCCCUGCUGGAGGGAAAGACCCGCUCCUGCUUUGCUAUGACCGAGCCCCAGGUUGCCUCCUCGGAUGCCACCAACAUUGAGUCUUCCAUCAGAGAGGAGAAUGGCCUCUAUGUCAUAAAUGGUCACAAGUGGUGGAUCUCAGGCAUCUUGGACCCUCGCUGCCAGCUCUGUGUGUUUAUGGGAAAAACAGACCCGCAUGCUCCACGCCACCAGCAGCAGUCUGUGCUCUUGGUUCCCAUGGAUACCCCAGGGAUAAAAAUCAUCCGGCCUCUGACGGUGUACGGCCUGGAGGACGCUCCAGGUGGCCAUGGUGAAGUCCUGUUUGAGCAUGUGCGUGUGCCCAAGGAGAACAUGGUCCUGGGCCCCGGCCGAGGGUUUGAGAUCGCCCAGGGCAGACUGGGUCCCGGCAGGAUCCACCACUGCAUGAGGCUGAUCGGGUGCUCGGAGAGGGCCCUGGCGCUCAUGAAGGCCCGCGUGAAGUCCCGAGUGGCUUUCGGGAAGCCCCUGGUGGAGCAGGGCACGAUCCUGGCAGACAUCGCCCAGUCACGUGCAGAGAUUGAGCAGGCCCGGCUGCUGGUGCUGAAAGCCGCCCACCACAUGGACGUGGCAGGAAAUAAGGCUGCAGCUCUAGACAUUGCCAUGAUUAAAAUGGUAGCCCCAUCCAUGGCCCACCGAGUGAUUGAUCGUGCCAUUCAGGCCUUCGGAGCAGCAGGGCUGAGCAGCGACUACCCCCUGGCCCAGUUCUUCGCCGGGGCCCGGGCGCUGCGCUUUGCCGAUGGCCCGGAUGAGGUGCACCGGGCAGCAGUGGCCAAGAUGGAGUUGAAGCUCCGCCCUUAGGCCUCCGGGAGCCAGAAUGUCCCUGCUGGGCUGGCGCCACCCAGAACUUUAAAUCAUGUGAUUAAACGGUCUGUUUUUUUGUGAUUCUUGCACCCUGCCCAGAAGCUCUGUCCUGGGGCAGUCACUGUGAACUCAGCCUUUUUGGGUCCCCACAGAAGACAUUUCUGUAAGAAGCGCUGCCUGUGCUAUUUCAGGCGAGGAGGAUGGCGGUUAGCUGAGUGCUGUGUGGGUUUCGGUACAGAGCCGGGGAAGCUGGUCUUCAGUCUCUGGGUGCCGGGCCCCCUGCCCUCUCUGGCUGUGGUGUGUGGGGGCUGUGGGAAUCUAGGCCCACACAAGGAGCCCCUCAAGACCCAGGGCUGCAGCACCCCUGACCACUGGCACCUGAUUUGCUUUAUCUGAAUGUCUGCACUGCAGAAACCUAAUUAAAAUGUUAUUUUGGAAAGGGGCUUUGGGGACACAAAAUAAUAAGGCAAAGCAUCCAGGACUUUGUGAACCUUCGACAUACAAAAGGAAUCGAGAAUAAAGGUUUCCCAUGCAGCCCCUCGU